UCAACUAUCCGCGCAGAAGAUAAAGAUCUCGGUUUACUUUCUUUCUCUGCGCAAGAGCUAUGGUCGACUGAAGACAGACUCGCGCAGCCGCCCAGGAGGCGCGGAGCUCCCGCCAGCUCCUCAAUCGCCAACACCAACGCCGCCGCCGCCCCAAGGCGCUCGCGCUCGAAGAUCGCCAAAGAGAAUGACAUAUCUGCAGAUGAGGAGAAUGAGAUAAAGGAGGUCUUCCAGAUAUUUGCUCAAACAAAUGAUGAGUUUCCAUCUGAGAAGGAAGGCGUGAUUCCGCGUGAAGAUGUGCGCAAAGCAAUGAUCGCCCUCAACGUACCACCGUCGGACUCCUCCGAACUCGCCGAUAUCCUCUCCGCGGUUGACCCAACCUCCACGGGCUUUGUUCCCUAUGGACCCUUUGUCUCCGUUGUCGCCGCAAAACUUCACGCUCAAGACGACGACGCACGAGAUGCCGAGGUGGAAACCGCAUAUCAGCUCUUCACAAGAGGCUCGGAUGGGCCCAUAUCCCUCAGUCAUCUGCGACGCAUCGCGCGCGAGCUGAAGGAGGACUCAGUGGAUGACAACUUAUUAAAGGACAUGAUCCUUGAGGCCAAUGGAGGAGCAGGAUUGACCUCUGGAGUGACACUCGAACAGUUUCAGGACGUCAUGACCCGCGCUGGAGUUUUCAAGACGUAG